AUGUUCAAAGCACUCAAAGGAGGAACAUCAAAUAACAGUGUCACUGUUGAUCCUGGCCCGAGUGAGAAUGCGGCAGUGGAGUUGGACGCUGUACUGCCGACAGAAUUGGAUGAAACCAACACUGCAAUCAAGCUGGAUAAAGAGAAACUUACGACUGAUGAAGCGAUCACCGAGGACACCAUCCUCUUCCCAAAACCCGGGAGCUCGGCACUGCCACUUUGCUCGGUUUGCAAGCACAAGCCCCGCGAUUUCAAGAGACAGACGAGAGAGUUUACGUAUUCUGAGCUCGAGGAGGCGACAGACAAUUUCUCGCAUGCCAACUUUCUGGCCGAGGGAGGAUUUGGGUUUGUGUACAAGGGCGUUCUCAAAGGUGGCCAACACAUUGCCGUGAAGCAACACAAGCUCGCCAGCACGCAAGGAGGGAGGGAGUUUUGUGCAGAGGUCAAGGUUCUGAGCGGAGCACAGCACCGAAACCUGGUAACUUUGCUAGGAUUUUGCGUUGAGGAUGGCAAGAGAAUGCUUGUUUACGAGUUUGUUUGCAACAAGUCACUCGACUAUCACUUAUUUGACAAAAACACGGUGUUACCAUGGUGUGCAAGACAGGGAAUUGCUUUGGGGGCUGCCAGAGCGAUGCGAUAUCUUCACGAGGAAUGCCGGGUUGGAACUAUAAUUCACAGAGAUCUCAGGCCACACAACAUUCUUCUCACACAUGACUAUGCUCCAAUGGUUGGAGAUUUUGGAUUGGCUAGAUGGAAUACAAGCAGCCAGCCCGCAGUUGAGACGAAGGUAGUUGGCACACUCGGGUAUUUGGCCCCGGAGUAUGCUUCAAGUGGACAAGUUACAGAGAAAGCUGACGUGUAUUCGUUUGGUGUGAUUUUACUCGAAAUGGUCACAGGCCGGAGAUCAUUAGAUAUAUCUCUGCCUCAUGCAGAACAAUGUCUCACAGAAUGGGCUCGUCCAAAACUCGAUGUAAGAGAUGCCGAUUCUUUACUGGAUCCACGACUGGUUAAAGAUUUACUCCAGGAGUCACAGCUUUACGAGAUCCAAGCAAUGGUCCACGCAGCGGCAUUUUGCCUAAGAAGAGAACCCUCGCAGAGGCCAAGAAUGAGUCAGGUGUUGCGAAUUUUGGAAGGCGAGAGAGGUGAAGCACCCACCAUAGCUCUAACAAUGUCUACCACCUGGGAUCCCACAACCAAGAGCCGGAUCCCACGAGUUCCAAGCAAUACCACGCUCAAAAGUCCGAGCAAGCAAAGCUUUCUCUCAUAUAAUGAGAUGAUCACCAGCUAG